AAUGAUCCCAAUCUACUUUACCAUUGCGACCUGCGUUCAAAUGUUAUCUUUUUUCCGGCAUCUUUGCGUACGAAGCUUGCCCACGGUGUUCCCUCCCAAGACGACAGGCGCAACCGAGGGUUCUGCUAGCUGCGACAGCGAAGAGGGCUUGCAGUUCCGUAGCAAGUUAUUGCAGAGCUGGCAUUUCGCUAUUGAUCACCUGAACAACUCUGGCGGUUUUUACUGAGUUGAAGUGCGUGUUUCCAGCUUGGUACCGACGUCAUAAGUGGACCGUUAAUGAGCCGCCAUCCAAUGCCGCUCGACUACGCCCGCAGACGAAAACCGGUUGUGUCUCGCUAGAUCUUUUACCAGAAACUCUGGUAACCGCGUAUACAGCACGGAUUUAAUCCCUAUUCAACAUCCGAUUGUCUAUCUCUUCGUCUCAAUCUGUUCGGGUUUUUUUUGAAGAGGAGCACUGUUGCUGGAUCACUAGGUGACUGCACCCUGUCUUACGUCAACGCAAUAAUCGGUACAAUGCCCUUGUCUUAGGUCAGCGCUUGUCUAACGUCAGUGCCUUGAAUAGUGCUUUCAUACGAGAAGUAACUUUCAAUCCCUGAGUUAAUUUUCUUAUGAGAAGAUUGCAUUUUCGCCAUCUGCUUUUGUAUUUAGUGGCGGCCCUGGUUUUGACGCCUUCUAGGUCCGGUGCAUAAUGGUGUUAAGUCCUGCAGGUGUUGCGGAUUAGCCGGCGUGCAAACGGCAGGCGCACAAGAGUGAAAAAGACAGUCGUUGUCGAGACACCCAAUUGGACUGCUUGUUUAGCUGACACACAGUUCAAUAUGACAGAUCAAGAGCCACUACUGCCUCAAAUGGUUGAGAGAGAAGUGGGAGAGCGCUCCGCUUCUGACCCCGAGGCAAGAGGCUCUAGCGCCACGCCCGACCAGACAGGAACCCGUCCUUCAAGGGCUCAGCAGAUCAUUCGGAGAGGCACUGUUCACGCGAAAGAGGUGGCGAAGAAGGGCUAUGAAAAGUCACGGCUGUUUAUUAUCAACCAGUACACAAAAUUCAAAGAAGACCCGAAGAGAGGACCCCGCUUUCUUACCUGGGUGAGUGUGGCGGCGUGCGUCAUCCUCAUUCCUGGACUGUUUUUCGAUAUUAUUACACUCGCGCUUACUCUCAGCCCUAUGGAUGUAUUGGCAGAUAUAUAUGCGGCUCUCGGGUGCGUGCUUCUCAUCAGUGCCGAAUUUUCGAGAAUCAGUGCUCGCUUUGGAGUGCGGUCCAUGAUCCACUUCUACAUUCAGUUCAUCGAAUUCACUGCAGGAAGAGGAUUGGUUCAAAUGUUUGUUGCUUCAUUGUGCGUGUCGGUGAAGGACCUUCUGAACCUUUUCAAAUUCAUACCUGGACUGGCGUUGUUACUCUGCGGGGUUCUAAACGUGAUAUGGGGCCUCUAUGCGGCUUGCAAGCUCAAUACGAUGAUGGCUAAGAUGCGCGAGUAUGAUGGAGAGGAAUUUCAGUCGAAAACGAUGGCAGAAAAACUUGACUUGCUUGAUCGGAAAUUCGAGCUACUUAACAAACGGGGCGACGGACUGCUUACUGUUGAUGAUCUUCGGGAGGGAGUCAAGGAAAUGAAUCUUAUGAUUAACGAGGUUGAACUAAAGUUCAUAUUCGAGGCACUGGAUGAAGAUCACGAUGGUCUUGUCAGCAAGGAAGAGUUUGAGACGUGGUGGCUCAGGGAAAAAGGACCCAAAUUCCUCUGAUUUAGGCUUUUGCGAUGGCCUUGUCAGCGGGGAAUAGUCUGAGACGUGGUGGCUUGGAGAAGAGGGACCCCCAGUUCGUCCAGCUUAGGCAGUUCUCUAUUCAGUGACAAAGCCUUCAGUGGGUCCCUGAUACGUCGUGGAGUGCGCCUCUCGUCCGCUGUCCAGGUGAAAUCGGUUUUGAAACUCAAUUUCGUUGUCCAUCACAUGCUCGUGAGCAAUCGUUACUGGCGCAUCGUUUAUCCAGUGCAGGGCCAGGUGAAAGGGAUGAUUCACCAACUUGCCUACCACCUCGUUGCGCCACCAAGUCAGCAUUCUUGACGCCGACUGGUCCUGCAGACGUACUCAAGGAUCAGCAUGGAGAAGUCAGUUCAACUUUUGAAGAAGUCCCAAAACUUCAAUGUAUAAAUCAAGCGUAUAGUGGUGAAAUGAAGGCUAGAGCCCAGUUGUGGAACUUGAGAGAGGACGGUAAAAGUACGAAGCAUUACAGGGCCAAUCCUGCGAAGUUUGAAGACCACGCCACUGCCUCGCAGCUGUCGAAGUUCGCUGCGACCUGUCUUUAUAUUUAUUUGCACUCAUCCCUUUCAUAGCUCGGGUUCUCCAAAGACUACGCUGACGAUACCAGAAGAUCAUUCCUUCACUGAUGUAUGCUGCGUGCUGCCUACUCUUACUCGUCGCUUUCCGACUAGUGAAGCAUCAAGGGGUUGUCCAAAGCCACCUUGCAUUCAGUGCAAGCUCAAGCGAUUCUAUCAUUCGUAUCUCGUACCGCAAUUAAAGGCCAGCAUAACUCUUUCUGCUCAUGACGAAGUCACAGACGAGUUCAGUGCGUGGCACCCCAUAUGAAAAUGGCAGGACGAGCCGUGUGCUUGUACUGUUGCAGGUGUACGCUGUAGCCGUCAUCAAAUAACAGGAUUCGUUGCCGGUUCGCCGACAUUUGGAAGGAACGGUCGUAUCAGUUGAAGAGUCCUUGAUACUUUGAGGAGGAAGGCAAACACGAUUGUUCAGGCAACAGAUAUGUGCGUGGGAAAUUGUGCAACGGUUCGAGGUGUGCAAGUGGCAACGGAGCUAUCUUGCAAAAUUUCCAAAUGUUUGGCUUGCCAGAAUUAGGAUUACACCAGUUCAAGAGUUUGAAGUUUUAAACGGGUCGAGAAAUUGCCCGCAACUGUUCGUUAACUCACAGAGGUUCAAAUACGUGUACCACCGUGUGGGCGCAGAGCAGCGCAAUUUUUGAGGGUGUCGGCAGUUCAUCGUCCGUGUCUUCCCGACAAACCGAUG